AUGAUUCCAAUCGCCAGAUACUCUGCUCUGCGGGCCGUUCGCUCGCAGAUUUCCCCCGCCCGCGCGCUCAACCAGUCAGCGUUAGCUCGCCUCCUCUCGACCCUCGCCGUCCUCGAACAGCGCGAUGGCAAGCUACAGAGCUCCUCUCUAUCCGCUAUUGCUGCGGCAAAAAAGCUGGGUGGACCAGUGACAGCUUUCUUGGCCGGCACUGGUGUCAAGAGCACUUCCGCCGCUGAGGCCGCUAAGAUCAAGGGCCUGGACAAGGUUGUUGCUGUGGAGAACGAUGCUUAUGAAAAGGGCCUUCCUGAGAACUACGCUCCUCUCCUCGUCGAAAACAUCAAGAAGGGCGAAUACACCCACAUCGUUGCUGGACACUCAGCCUUUGGCAAGAACGUCCUGCCCCGCGUGGCCGCUCUUUUGGAUGUCCAACAGGUCUCAGAUAUCACUGGAAUCGAGAGUGAAGACACCUUUGUUCGUCCCAUCUAUGCUGGCAACGCAAUCCUGACCGUGCAGUCCAGCGACAACAUCAAGGUGAUCACCGUGCGAGGCACCGCUUUCCAGGGCGUUGAGACCGAGGGCGGCUCCGCCGAGAUUGUGGAUGGACUAGACCCGAACACCCCCGGACUGACUGAGUGGGUAUCCGAGGAACUCACCAAGUCUGAGCGCCCCGAUCUUUCCACCGCCACCCGCGUUGUUUCUGGUGGCCGUGGCCUCAAGUCGAAGGAGGAGUUUGAUCGCAUUAUGGUUCCGUUGGCCGACUCUUUGGGUGCUGCUAUCGGUGCUUCCCGUGCCGCAGUGGACAGCGGCUUCGCCGACAACAGUCUGCAGGUUGGUCAGACUGGUAAGAACGUUGCUCCCGAGCUUUACCUCUGCGCCGGUAUCUCCGGUGCCAUUCAACACUUGGCCGGUAUGAAGGACAGCAAGGUCAUUGCGGCCAUCAACAAGGACCCCGAGGCCCCCAUCUUCCAGGUUGCUGAUGUUGGUCUGGUGGGUGAUCUAUUUGAGAAGGUGCCCGAAUUGACCGAAAAGUUGAAGAGCGCUUAG